CGCGAAGUCAUCUCCAUUCACAUCGGCCAGGCCGGAGUACAACUGGGCAAUGCAUGCUGGGAGCUCUACUGUCUGGAGCAUGGUAUCAAGCACGAUGGUCAGCUGGAAAACUCCAGUGAUGACGACAAACGAGAUUCUAUGCACACUUUCUUCAGUGAGAGCACAUCAGGGCAACAUGUGCCCAGGGCCCUGUUAGUAGAUCUGGAGCCUACUGUUGUAGAUGAAGUCCGAUUAGGUGACUAUCGGCAACUGUUCCACCCUGAGCAGCUGAUUACUGGAAAGGAGGAUGCGGCCAAUAACUACGCCAGAGGUCACUACACUGUGGGCAAGGAGAUCAUUGAUCUGGUCAUGGACAGGAUCAGGAAGUCAGCAGACUUGUGUAGUGGUCUGCAGGGCUUUUUGGUGUUUCAUAGUUUUGGUGGUGGCACUGGGUCAGGCUUUACCGCUCUGCUAAUGGAAAGACUUUCCGUGGAUUUCGGCAAGAAAUGUAAAUUGGAAUUUGCUAUCUAUCCUUCACCACAGAUGUCCUCAUCAGUGGUUGAGCCUUACAACUCUGUACUGAACACGCAUACCACACUAGAACAUUCAGACUGUGCCUUCUUGGUGGACAAUGAAGCUAUCUUUAACAUCUGCAAGAGAAAUCUCGACGUUGAACGCCCGUCAUUUAGCAACAUCAACCGAAUCAUUGGUCAGAUUGUCUCGUCACUAACUGCUUCAUUGAGAUUUGAUGGGGCUUUGAACGUGGAUCUCACGGAGUUCCAGACCAACCUGGUCCCGUAUCCACGAAUCCACUUUCCCACUGUCACAUAUGCUCCGAUUAUAUCAGCAGAGAAGGCACAUAGUGAGAGGUUGUCCGUUGGAGAGAUUGUUCGGUCAUGUUUUGAGCCAGCUAAUCAGAUGAUGAUGAUAGAUCCAAGACAGGGCAAAUAUAUAUCCUGCUGUGUUCUGUUUAGGGGGGAUGUGGUUCCCAGGGAUGUCAAUGAGGCUAUCAGUUUCAUCAAGUGUAAUCGCAACAUUCAGUUUGUGGAUUGGUGCCCUACUGGAUUCAAGGUGGGCAUCAACUACGAGCCGCCGACAGUGGUUCCAGGCAGCGAUCAGGCCAAGGUUCAGAGAGCUGUCUGUAUGAUGGGCAACAAUACGGCCAUCGCCCAGGCAUGGGCCAGGCUGGAUCAUAAGUUUGACCUCAUGUAUGCCAAGAGAGCUUUUGUCCACUGGUAUGUCGGAGAGGGAAUGGAGGAGGGUGAAUUCUCUGAGGCUAGAGAGGACAUGGCCGCGCUGGAGAAAGAUUACGAAGAAGUGGGCAUGGAUUCUGCAGCCACUGAGAACGGUGUCGACAAUGAUGAGUACUGA